AUGGCUAGUGAGGAGAGUUUUGUUGUUUUGGUUCACCACAGAGGAUCCAUUAAGAGGAAAACUUGUUCCGGUGUGAAAUUCACAGAUAAGGAUCCUCUCUGUAUUGUCGUGAGUCCUUCGACGAGCUAUGAUGACCUUGUUAGAUCUGUGCUGAUGAAACUUGGUCAGGAAGGUGCGAAGCGGGUUAAGAAGUUUUACUAUCGCAUUCCAGUGACGGUCCUCCAGGAUACCGUGAAGUAUGAUUGUUUCAUGAUCAGUGGUGAUGAGGACUUGCAAGUAAUCUCAGGGGGUUCGAACCGGAAUACCACCACUUUAGCCACGGCAGCCAGUUCUAAUUCUCGGCCUGCCCUUGGUUCUUCCUCCGUCCCUGUGUACCAGCCAGUGGUCCAACCUGUCGGCUCCCCGUCUUUUGCUGUUGAUCUCAAUGGCAGCGUAGGCGAUGAGGUUGGUUCAAGGGAGAAUCUGCCAGACGCUUUACUGGGCGUUGCACCAGUUGGCGUUGGAGACGGAUUGUUGGGUGAUGCAGAGGAGGAUGACGUCGAGCCGGAUAUGAUUGACGAUGACAACGGCGAUGAUAUUGGAGCGAGUGAGCCUGCAUUGGCGGUAGGUGGUUCUAGCUCUGGCACACAGCAGUAUCCACCUCAUUUUUCAUCUUUGGACUUGGAUGCCAUGAGGCAAGAGGGGGUUUCUGGGCACUCUGUUGGAUUCGGAGCUAGAGAUGCGGAAGGGACUGCUGGUCUGACAGAGUUCCAGGUUGGUCAGCAAUUUCAGGAUAAAGAUCAGGCCCUGUUAAGUGUGAAGACUUACAGCAUCCGAUGA